UAAAAAUUUCUAGCUUCCCAACAUCAUCAUCUUUCUUCGAACUUCGAAAGAAGUUCCGUCUCAGAGACCGAACCUGAAGACUCUCUCAGGCUUUCUCUCUAUCUCUCUCUGAUCAAACGGCCUCUACUAAGCAAAUCAGAGCCGUUGAUUUCAGGUCAUGAACGGUCUCCAACUGAGUCGACCACCGAAACGAACAAUUGGGUAAUUUCUGAUCUGAAUUUCUGUGAAAUUGCAUGAAUUUCGGUCAAAUAAGUGUUUUGGGCGAGCUUUUGAGCAUUGAAUCGGUGGUGAUUGAGUUCUUGGGUUAAGUAAUUAGGGUUUAGCGCUAUUUGAAUUUGAAGUUUGUUUAUCAAAUUGGGAUUUGAAUUUUUUGGAAUAAUUUCGGGGGUGUUGUCUGGUUGGGAAUUUUGUGGACUAAUAAUGGAGCAAGAAUCACAAAAAAAGAAGGUUGAUGAGAUGGGCCGGGAGCCCUCGAAUGCGCCCAUUCUUUGCGCGAAUGGUUGCGGAUUCUUUGGGAGCGCAAGCACUAAUAAUUUUUGCUCCAAAUGCUACAAAGACUUCGUAUUAAAACAAGCAAAUGAAAAUAUAGUUGUGGAGAAGAAAGUGGGUGAUGAACAAAAUGUGGAGGAUAAUGCUCAGGUUGGAGGAGGGGUUGUGGAAGUGAAUGAGAGUCGAGUGGAGGAAGGGGCUCCUUCAGGGAAUCCUGAAAAACUACCUGCUAAUCGUUGCAGUUUCUGUAGGAAGCGGGUUGGGCUGACGGGGUUCAAGUGUAGGUGUGAACUGACGUUUUGCUCGCUGCAUCGCUACUCCGACAAGCACAAUUGCAUGUUCGAUUACAAGAGCGCGGCGCAGGAUGAGAUUGCGAAGGCGAAUCCGGUGGUGAAGGCGGACAAGAUUGAGAAGAUAUGAUGGUUAUGGUGAGUGGCUGGAGAAAUAGUGGCUAGGUGGUUGCCAUUUGCUAUAGGAAGUACAGUUGAAGGUACUUUGAUGCCCUAGGAAAUAAGUUCUAUAUUGAAUGUUUUUCAUGCUUGAUAUGUACAGUUUGGUUUAUUGUGGUCUCUCCAAUAAUAAUAUUUGGUGUAAACCAUUUAGAUUUAUUUAUGAAUUAGUGAUUUGCAAUAAUUCUUGAAUUCCA